UUCAAAUCAUAACAAAAACUUUACAAUGUUCAAAGUAGCGUUUUCGCUAUUUUUAGUAUUUUUGACUGUAGAUUCAAAAUUCUACGAAACUGAUAUCGGCCCAUAUGGACACGGAGGUCAAUAUAGCACAUACAGAACUCAAGAAUAUGAUCCAGAAAAUGGUUACCCAUAUGGAUUAAGUUACAAGAAAUAUCCCGACAUUCCAUUCAAAGAAGUUGGGGUUGCUAGAGAAAUAGAAUAUGAAGAGCCAAUUUCGGGACCAAUAGGGCUUCCGUAUGGCCAUGGUGGUGGCUUGGAAGGUCAUGGUGGUGGCUUGGAACAUGUAAGGCAAUUAGGAUAUAAUGGUUACUAUGGAGUAGGUGGUGGUAGUGGAUAUGGAGGUUAUCCAGUUAGAUAUGGUAAAAGUCUUGGAUAUGGGUAUGGUCAAGGACGUGGUUUAAGCUACCAUCCAAUCUAUACUCACGGUAUAAGUCCAAUUACCCCCCAUGGACGACUAGAUUUCUACAACCACCAGUCUCCUUAUGGCGUUUCACAAAUCGACAAAGGAAUAUACAGCGAUGGAAAGCAAAAUGUUAUUGGAGAACAGUACAAUCGUGUUCAAGGUCAUAAUGGAGAAUCUUUAAAUCACGGAGAUGUCGGUUUCAACAAAGGAGAGGUCGCUUACAAGGACAUCAAGGGUGAUUCAGUGCAUUUCGUCGACGCCGAUGGAAUUAAUAGAGGCCAACAUGAUGGAAAGAGUUAUUCUGGAGGUGAACAUUUUAAUGCUGAAGGUAAACACGGCAAUGAACAAGUGUUAAACGCCAAUCACAACAAAGGCCACAACAUUAAAGGUUUUAAAAAAUCGCACCAUUUAGACGAAACAGGAAAGACAGAAGAAUUCUUUGAUGAAGAUCACGAUGCUGGUGGCAAAUACGCCUUUAAUGGCCGCUUCGGAAAAUUCGGAGAACUAGGUGGAAAUUCUUACAAAGGCGGAUUUAAUGAUGGACGAUUUAAAACAGGUGAAGCUACCAAACAAGGACAUUAUGACAACCAAUAUUUGGUGGAUAAAGCUCAGGGGGGCGUUGGAAAAUUCGGGGAAAAUAAGUACGCACAAAAUGGGGAAGAAUAUGGAUUAAACAAAGGUUUUGGGGAACACGGCCUAACUGGACAUCAUGAAAAUAGUAAUAUUUACAAGAAUUACCCUGUAGGAUAUGGAGGACAUGGAGGAUAUGGAGGAUAUGGAGGACAUGGAGGAUAUUAUAAAAAAUAGAAAAAAGUUUUAAAUGUAUUAAAACAUGCCAUGCAAUGCACCUAAAAUGAGAUUGAUUUGUAUUAAUUUUAAUUGUUCUUAUAUUGUAAUAUUUAUAACUAAAUAAAUA